CCUUUUCUCCCAGAAAUUAUCUCUACCCUGGUACUCAUCAUAUGUAGAGAUAUUUUACAAUGUGCUUCUGGAAAUGUAUAUAUAAGCACAGAUAAAAACAUCACAGAGUAUAAGCAUGAGUAUAGCAUACAGUUCUUUUUUCUCUCCUACCUUCACUGCUCUUCCAUCCACAAAGCCUAUCGCGAAACUCAAUCCUUUACAUCCUUAUUCUCCAGCUACAAUCCGAUGGAACAAUCCCAGGAGGGAUUUUCAGUUGCCUUCAGUAGCUUCCAUUCCUUAUCCACCCAUCAAUGUGGAUUACCUGGAAACUGAAUUCAAUGGCCAUGGAGUAAGUUUUGCAAGUAUUGGUGAUGGUUGUGUUGUAAAGAUGAAAUUGGAUAAUGGAAGUCUUGCAAGUAUAAUGCUUCCAAGUGGCCUAAUUACAUCCUACAAGGCUCCCAUGUGGCACGAAGGCCUGCUGGAACUGCUGCAUACUGUAGUCUCAGAGGCGGAAGAUGGUGGUGGCGUUAUUCAAGGUGGCGUGUCUUUGGCCUUCAAAUGCGAAAGUCAGGAAGGAGUGUCAUGGUCUCCAAGUAAUUGGGCUCUAUAUGGUGUUACAGGAAGCCCUGAAGAAUUCAUUCAGGUGGAACUGAUUAGCAGCAACCGGGAGAGAAUGGUUGAAAUAAAACACAUUGUGACACUUAGGCAGGAUGUCCUGAGCUCAGAACUCAUAAUAACCAACUCGAACACUACAGGAAUCCGCUUAAUGGGUUCUAUUGUAAGUCAUUUGGCAGUAAGCACUCCAGAAGCCACAUAUGCAAUGGGGUUAGAAAGGUCUAAUUUCUUCAUCAGGCCACCAAUUCUUUCAAAUUACAGCAUAGUGCCUCCAGAUUUCGGCAAGACAAAGAAAACUGCUUCUGGGAUAUGGCAAAUAUUUUCUGGCUGGGGUUCAAAAAAUCUGGAGAUUGUGAAUGAUGCAGAAAAAAUGUCAUAUGAGAGCAGAGAAGAGUUGGAAGGGGAAGAAGAUGACAAUAAUAAGCAGCUAACAGAGGAAAUGAGCAGGAUCUACACUUGUGCUCCUACAAAUUUCACAGUCUUGGACAGGGGUAGAAGAAACUCGGUAGUGGUGGCGAGAGAAGGGUUUAACGAACUGUACAUUUUCAGUCCUGGCUCAAAUCAUAAUUCCUACAGCAAGUAUGCUUACAUAUGUCUGGGUCAGGCUGCUUUGCUCAAACCAAUAACUUUAGCUCCUGAAAGUGAAUGGAGAGCGGCACAGCAUCUACACAACCCAAACAUGUAGCAGCCAAUCAGCCUGAAGGAUGCCUCGGUUCCCUUUACAUGUGAGCAAGAUCUUCAAAUAGGAACACACGAUCUUGUAUAUGUUUUAAGAAAAUAGUUUGUAGAUGUAGAACUAUUACUGAUAAUAUAUCCUCUGGUUCGCAAAACAAAAUAUAUUAAAAACAAACUUUUUAAAUAA